AGGCCUUGGUGGAGUCGCUACCCCCGUAACCUGAUCCAGUUCGGAAAAGCGGGCCGAUAUUGAUGGAUUGAUUGAACCGUUUUGAAACCGUUUUAACCCCCCUGAUGCUGAACCGCUCUGCCCUUCCUCUGCAGGGUCGCGAGAGAGGGCCCACAGGGUGGCCUGCGUCCCGGGGAUGGGCAACCCAUCCCCCAGCGGCCACUACUUCAACAACGCGUGGCGGUCGGUGCUCUGUGACAAUAGGCCAUUCGACAGCCCGGCCGACGUCCGAAAGUGCCUCAGGCACAAGGAGGUGAUCUUCCUCGGGGACUCCACCAUCCGCCAGUGGUGGGAAUACCUCAACUCGUUCGUCAAGGGUAAGGCAAUGUGGCACCUUGGUGGCCUUCUGUGCGUAACGAGGCACAGAAACCCGUGGGCGUCCACAUCUCGAAGGCGUAAACGACGCUGCACCUUCGAUAGAUUGGAAAAAGAGCGCCGCAUGAGAGACGCCAUUCGGUCACCCCCACUGCUCUGGGUCCUUCUGCGCGCAGCUCCCUCGCGUGCGGGAAGACUCUUCCACCGGGCGCGUGCGGUGGGGCGGAGCGACUGUCCAGGCAUUCACCGCCACCCCUCUCCCCCAUCCUCCUCAGAGCUGAAGCUCGUGGACCUGGGAAAGAAUGGCAGGCAGGACCCGAGGAUGGCGUUGGACAGCGAGAACAGCAUCCUGAUGAGUUGGCACUGCCACACGUACCCGCUCAUCACCUCCUUCUUCACGCACAAGGAGGAAAUGAUCAACGCCGCAAAGCGCAUCGACGCGACGGUGGGCGGGGCCAACACGGUGAUCGGGAUCUGCCUGGGGGCCCAUUUCACCGCCUUCCCGCUGGACGUCUUCCGCCGGAGGAUCGGGAACAUCGGCGCGGCCGUGGGCCGGCUGCUAGCGAGGAGCCCGCGGACAAAGGUGGUGGUGAAGCUGGCCAACACGUGCACGCCCGGCAGCUUGGAGAUAUUCAACAACUGGAACACGUUCCGCAUGAACCGGAUCACCAUGGAGGCGUUCGCGGGCCUCAAGGUGGCGUUUGUCGACGCGUGGGACAUGACGCUGUCGGUGGGGUCUCGGAAUAUUCACCCGGACAGGAUCGUCGUGAAGAACGAGGUCGAUCUCUUCCUGUCGUACGUUUGUUGA